AUGUCAAUAGACAAUUAUUUCCAAUUAACAUUUUAUCUCGUAUCGGAAUAUAUCAAGCAAAUCUACCCAUCAUCGGAAAGCUACAAAACAGUCGUAACGACAAAUGAAGAGAAACUAAAGCAAGUUGAAUUAUACUACAAUGAUGAAAAGUUCCUUAUAUUAAGCUUUACUGCGAUAAGUAAGGUACAAUCAUUAAUAAACUUGUUGAAUCUAGAUGGUAGAUUGGACAAUGCAUUGAUUAACUGGGAAUGGUUUUCCUUGGACGAGAUAAAAUUCCCAAUUGAAAAAGGCCAGUUGCCGAAAGAUUUAGUUGAAAAGUUUCAAAGAAAAUUUAGAAUGCUUGUUGAUGACGAAAAGGUUAGUUCUAUAUUCAACGAUACUCCUGGAGGAAAACAAAAGGAAAAAAGUCAAUUGCAACUGGAACAACAACAACAGCUGCAACAACAGAAGGAGGAGAAACAGGAGACACAGAAUUUCGGUCCAACUGUAGAAGAACACACUGAUUCCGAGAGUGCUUACACCAAGUCCCCUUCGCCAGAAGAGCCAUACAUCCCACCACCGACUAGUAAUCCGUCAAUUGUUCCAAAUGCUCAUAAGCAACCAACAUUUUCAAAUGAGCAAUUCAAGAGACCUCAAGAUAUGCCCGAUUUUGAAGACGAAUACCAGAUAAAGGAUGUAGCAUCAUCAGGUCGUCAUGGGCCAUUAGGUCAAUCAACCAAUUUGCCCCCUAUAGGUUCGGAUGAUUUGAACCCACCUGGUGUACCUAAAAACCCAACACUCCAAGGAUACUUGGACCCAUUACAACAACAGCAGCAGCAACCAAUGCAUGGUGGGAUGUAUCCAGAUUCGAGUCAUCCAAUAUUUCAUCCAGGUGGAAGCCAUGGUACAAGUGGUAGAAAGGGUGUUCCUCCUGGCGCAAGGUAUGACGAGCCUUAUUCUGAGGACAAUUUAGAUGCUUUGGGACAAGGAUUACCAGGUGCAAUGGGGUUGAGAGGUCCCAAUCCGGGAGGUCCAGGAGGUCCAGGAGGUCCAGGAGGUUUCGGACCAAUGGGUGGUUUAUAG